UGCCCGGCGGGGAAGCGGCAGACGCGCGCUCUGCGGAGUGUCCCGCGCGUGGCCGCGGCUUUCUUCCCGGAGCCACCGGAGCGGCGGCGGCGAGAUGCGUGGCGGCGGCGCGGGGGUCGCGCUCCUGGCCUCGCUGCUCUGGGUCGCCGCGCAGUGCCAGCAGAGAGGCCUGUUUCCUGCCAUUCUCAAUCUUGCCAGCAAUGCUCACAUCAGCACCAAUGCAACCUGUGGCGAGCAGGGGCCUGAGACGUUCUGCAAACUUGUGGAGCAUGUGCCAGGCCGGCCUGUGCGGAACCCACAGUGCCGGAUCUGUGAUGGCAACAGUGCGAACCCCAAAGAACGCCAUCCAAUAUCAAAUGCUAUAGAUGGCACCAACAACUGGUGGCAAAGUCCCAGUAUUCAAAAUGGGAGAGAAUAUCACUGGGUCACAAUCACUCUGGACUUAAGGCAGGUCUUCCAAGUGGCGUAUGUCAUCAUCAAAGCUGCUAAUGCCCCUCGACCUGGAAACUGGAUUUUGGAGCGUUCUCUGGAUGGCACCAAUUUCAGCCCCUGGCAGUAUUAUGCAGUUAGUGACACGGAAUGUUUGACUCGUUACAAUGUAACUCCAAGACGGGGGCCACCCACUUACAGGGCUGACGACGAAGUGAUCUGCACCUCGUAUUAUUCUAGACUGGUGCCACUCGAGCAUGGAGAGAUUCAUACAUCACUGAUCAACGGCCGACCGAGCGCUGAUGAUCUUUCACCCAAGUUGUUGGAAUUUACUUCUGCACAAUAUAUCCGCCUUCGCUUACAGCGCAUUCGAACCCUGAACGCCGAUCUUAUGACUCUCAGCCACCGUGACCCUAAGGACCUCGAUCCUAUUGUUACCAGACGAUAUUACUAUUCAAUAAAAGACAUUUCUGUUGGGGGGAUGUGCAUCUGUUAUGGCCAUGCUAGUAGCUGCCCGUGGGAUGAGACUACAAAGAAACUGCACUGUCAGUGUGAACACAACACCUGUGGAGAGAGCUGUGGGAGGUGCUGUCCUGGGUACCAUCAACAGCCCUGGAGGCCCGGGACCAUUUCUUCUGGGAACACCUGUGAGGAGUGUAACUGUCACAAUAAAACCAAAGACUGUUACUAUGAUGCAAGUGUUGCAAAUCAGAAGAGAAGUUUGAAUACGGCUGGGCAGUUCAAAGGAGGAGGAGUCUGCAUAAAGUGCCUGCAGCACACCAUGGGAGUCAAUUGUGAAACCUGUGUGGAUGGAUACUAUAGACCACACAAAGUGUCUCCUUAUGAGGAUGACCCUUGCCAUCCCUGUGACUGUGACCCUUUGGGGUCCCUCAGUUCGAUCUGUAUUAAGGAUGAUCUCCAUUCUGACUUACACAAAGGGAAGUGGCCAGGUCAAUGUCCAUGCAAGGAAGGCUACACAGGAGAAAAAUGUGAUCGCUGCAAAUUUGGCUAUAGGGGUUACCCAUCCUGCGUCCGCUGUGACUGCAGUCCAGCUGGCAGCGUGAACGAGGACCCAUGCUCAGAGCCUUGUCUCUGUAAGGAAAAUGUUGAGGGGAAAAGCUGUGAUCGCUGCAAGCCGGGAUUCUAUCACUUGAAGGCAGGAAGCCCCCAGGGCUGCUCGGAGUGCUUCUGCUUUGGCGUUUCUGACGUCUGCCACAGCCUUUCUUGGCCCGUCAGUCAGGUGAAAGAUAUGUCCGGGUGGCUGGUCACCGAUAUGAUCAGUCCAAAUAAGAUCCCAUCUCAGCAGGACGCAGUGGGCGGGCGCCAUCAGAUCAGCAGCAACAACACGUCAGUCAUGCAGAGGCUGACUUCCAAGUACUACUGGUCGGCCCCCGAGGCCUACCUUGGAAAUAAGCUGACUGCAUUUGGCGGAUUCCUGAAGUACACCGUGUCUUAUGAUAUUCCAACGGAGGCAGUGGACAGUGACCUCAUGUCUCACUCUGAUGUCAUCAUUAAGGGAAAUGGACUCACUUUAAGCACCCAGGCCGAGGGCCUGUCCCUGCAACCCUACGAAGAGUACCUUAACGUGGUUAGACUAGUGCCCGAGAACUUCCGAGAGUUUAGUAACAAAAGGGAGAUUGACCGUGACCAGCUGAUGACUGUCCUUGCCAACGUGACACAACUCUUGAUCAGAGCCAGCUACAAUUCUGCAAAAAUGGCUCUUUACAGGUUGGAUUCUGUCUCUCUGGACACAGCCAGCCCCAACGUUAUAGACCUGGCCCUGGCUGCUGAGGUGGAGCACUGCGAAUGUCCCCAAGGCUACACGGGGAUCUCCUGCGAGUCCUGCCUCCCUGGCUAUUACCGUGUGGAUGGAAUACUCUUUGGAGGAAUUUGUCACCCCUGUGAAUGCCACGGCCAUGCAGCUGAGUGCGAUAUUCACGGUGUUUGCUUUGCGUGCAAGCACAACACCACCGGAGACCACUGUGAGCGGUGUGUGCCCGGCUUCUAUGGGCUGCCUUCCCGCGGGACUCCUGGGGACUGCCAGCCAUGUGCCUGCCCCCUCUCCACAGCCUCCAACAAUUUCAGCCCCACCUGCCGCCUAAAUGAUGGAGACGAAGUGGUCUGUGACCAGUGUGCCAUGGGGUACUCGGGAGCUUGGUGCGAGAGAUGCACAGACGGUUACUAUGGAAACCCAACAGUGCCUGGGGAAUCCUGUGUUCCAUGUAACUGCAGCGGCAAUGUUGACCCCUUAGAGGCCGGUCACUGUGAUUCUGUCACCGGAGAAUGCCUGAGGUGCAUUGGGAACACAGAUGGCGCCCACUGUGAGAGGUGUGCUGUAGGGUUCUAUGGGGAUGCUGUGACUGCUAAAAAUUGCCGAGCCUGUGAGUGCCAUGGAAAAGGCUCCCUGUCUGGUGUCUGCCAUCUUGAGACUGGACUCUGUGACUGCAAACCACAUGUGACCGGACAGCAGUGUGACGAGUGCUUGCGUGGCUAUUACGGGUUGGACACAGGGCUGGGCUGCCGGCCCUGUAACUGCAGCGCCUUGGGCUCCACGUCAGAUGACUGCACGGAGGAAGGCCAGUGUCACUGCGUACCGGGUGUAGCUGGGGAAAGGUGCGACAGGUGUGCCCAUGGCUUCUAUGCGUACCAGAAUGGUGGCUGUACACCCUGUGACUGUGCUCACACUCAGAAUACUUGUGACCCAGAAUCGGGGGAGUGUGUCUGCCCUCCUCACACUCGGGGCAUCACCUGUGAAGAAUGUGGGGCUGGAUACUGGGGCCAUGACCCAGAGCUUGGAUGCCAGGCCUGCAAUUGCAGUAGUGUAGGGUCAGCCAGUCGUCAGUGCGAUGUGCUCACUGGCCACUGCCAGUGUAAGCCUGCAUUUGGUGGAUCGAGCUGCAGUCAGUGCUCCCUGGGCUACAGAGACUUUCCAGACUGUGUGGCCUGUGACUGCGACCUGAGAGGGACAUUGGCAGACACCUGUGCUCAGGAGCAGGGUCUUUGCAGCUGUGCAGAGGAAACUGGUACCUGCUCUUGCAAGGAAAAUGUCAUUGGCCUUCAAUGCAGCGAGUGUCGAGUGGGCACCUAUGCUCUGCAGGCUGACGACGCCCUGGGCUGCACCCCGUGCUUCUGCUUUGGGCUCUCACAGCUCUGUUCAGAAGUGGAGGGUUAUGUGAGGACCCCAGUGACGCUGGGCUCGGAUCAGCCUCUUCUGCGUGUGGUUUCUCAGAGUAACCUCAGGGGCACGACUGAGGGGGUGUAUUACCAGGCCCCUGAUGUCCUCCUGGACGCCGCGACCAUCAGGCAGCAUGUCCAUGCAGAGCCCUUCUACUGGCGGCUGCCGGGGCAGUUCCAGGGAGACCAGCUCAUGGCCUACGGUGGCAAACUAAAGUACAGCGUGGCCUUCUAUUCUUCCGAUGGCAUCGGCACCUUUAACCUUGAACCUCAAGUGCUCAUCAAAGGAGGCCGGACCAGAAAGCAAGUCAUUUACGUGGAUGCGCCCGCACCAGAGAAUGGAAAGAGACAAGAGCAAGAAGUGGGGAUGAAAGAGAAUUUUUGGAAAUAUUUUAACUCUGUUUCUGAAAAACCUGUCACACGCUCGGAUUUUAUGUCUGUUCUUAGCAACAUUGAGUACAUCCUCAUCAAAGCAUCGUAUGGUCAAGGAUUACAGCAAAGCAGAAUAUCGAACAUUUCAAUGGAGGUUGGCAGAAAGGCUGGAGAGCUGCAUCCAGGGAGGGAGGUGGCAUCCCUGAUAGAGAAGUGUCUCUGUCCUCCUGGCACGGCCGGAUUCUCGUGUCAGGACUGUGUACCCGGUUACCACAGAGGAAAGCUUCCACAAGGUGGUGGCAGAGGACCCCGCCCUCUGCUUGCUCCUUGUGUGCCCUGCAGUUGUAACAACCACAGUGACGCUUGUGACCCCGACACUGGGACGUGUCUGAACUGCAGUGAUAACACGGCUGGUGACCACUGUGAUGUCUGUGCUCCCGGCUACUAUGGAAAGGUGACUGGCUUGGCCAGCGACUGCUCUCUGUGCACCUGUCCUCACAGCCGCCCUGCCAGUUUCAGUCCUACUUGUGUCUUGGAAGGUGAUCACGAUUUCCGCUGCAAUGCCUGUUUUCCAGGCUAUGAAGGACAAUAUUGUGAAAGGUGCUCCUCGGGCUACCAUGGAAACCCUCGAGCACUGGGUGGCACGUGCCAGAGGUGUGACUGCAGCCCGCGUGGCUCUGUUCACAGUGACUGUGACCGCGGGUCCGGGCAGUGUGUCUGCAGGCCAGGAGCCAUGGGACUCCGAUGCGAGGAAUGUGAACCGAGGCACAUUCUGGUGGAAAGUGAUUGUAUUUCUUGUGAUGACGAAUGUGUAGGUGUGCUGCUGAGUGACUUGGACAAUAUUGGUGAUACCAUUCUUUCUGUGAACCUCACCAGCAUUAUGGUUAUCCCGUAUGGAAUUUUGUCAAACCUGGAAAAUAUAACUAAAUAUCUCUGGGAAUCUCUAUUAAAAGAAAAUACACAAAAGGAACUGGCAAAAAUUCAACUUGAAGGUGUUGCAGAACAAACUGAUAACCUGCAAAGGGAGCUCACUAGAGUGUUAGCAAGUAGCCAGCAUGUGAUCAGGGAGACUGAAAGAGUCCUCAGCAAGAGUCAAGAGCGCGUGGCGUUUACUGAGAGGCUGCAGAUAAACAUCCAAGAAAUUAUCGAAAAGGCAACAACUCUAAAUCAGACCUUGGAUGAAGAUUUCCAGCUACCCAGUUCUACUCUUCAGAAUAUGCAAAAGAACAUUACAUCUUUGCUUGAAAUCAUACAGAAAAGGAAUUUUAUGCAGUUGCAUCAAAAUGCCACACUUGAACUCAAGGCUGCUGAAGAUUUAUUGUCGCAAAUUCAAAAAAGUUAUCAGAAGCCACUGGAAGAAUUGAAGGUAUUAAAAGAAGCAGCAGGCAGUCUCCUUUCAAAACUCAACAGUGAACUGCAGGCAGCAGCAGACCUUGUGAGGGAAGCAGAGGUGAAGACCCAGGAAAGCAGCCACCUGCUGCUCAUUGUCAGUGCCGACCUGCGAGAGUUCAGCGAUAAAAAGCUGCGUGUUCAGGAAGAACAAAACUUGACCUCAAUGCUAAUUGCCAGCGGAAGAGGAUUGCUAGAUGCUGCCACUGCACAUCCACACGCUACACAGAAGGCUCUAACACAGUUAGAGCGUCACCAGGAUGAGCUACUUUUAUGGACUGCCAAAAUCAGGCGCCAUGUAGAUAAUCUGGUCAUGCAGAUGUCCAAAAGAAGAGCACUUGACCUUGUCUACAGAGCUGAGGAUCAUGCAGCUGAGCUGCAGAGACUAGCAGGUGCUCUGGACAGCAGCCUUGGAAAUGUUAGACAUGUGUCCUUGAAUGCAACCAGUGCAACCCAUGUCCGUCCCAACAUUCAGAGCCUGAUGGAAGAAUCAGAGAAAUUGGCAAAAGAUGCUCUCAGGACCGUGACUAAGUCUCGCCUGCUCUCAGAAUCCCUUGUUUCUAAUGGGAAAGCAGCUCUCCAGCACAGUUCCAAAUUUCUAAAAGAAGGCCACAGCCUGAGCAGAAAGCAUCAAGGUAUCACAUUGGAGCUGAGUAAAUUGAAAAAUACGGCAAACAGCUUUCAAGAGAAUGCUGCUAAAGUUACUAGGCAGACCAAUAGAUCACUCUUGAUCCUUAGAGCAAUUCCUGAAGGUGUCAAAGACAAAGGAACCAAAAUCAAAGAGCUGGCCACCUCUGCAAACCACAGGGCUGCAAGUGCUCUGAAGAAUGUUGUGGGAUGGAGCCAGAAGCUGUUGAAUACAUCAACUGACCUGUCCAGGGUUAAUGCCACAUUACAAGAAACAGACAGACUUCUACGUGACUCCUCAAUGAACACUCUAUUAGCUGGAAGAAAAGUUAAAGACGUGGAAACACAAGCCAGCCUUUUAUGUGAUCGGUUGAAGCCUUUGAAGAUGUUAGAAGAGAACCUGAGCAGAAACCUGUCAGAAAUUAAGCUGCUGAUCAGCCAGGCCCGGAAACAAGCAGCGUCUAUUAAAGUUGCUGUGUCUGCAGACAGAGAUUGUAUCCGGGCCUACCAGCCUCAGAUUUCUUCCACGAACUAUAAUACCUUAACACUAAAUAUGAAGACAAGCGAACCCGACAACCUCCUCUUCUACCUCGGCAGCAGCACCAGCUCUGAUUUCCUGGCAGUGGAGAUGCGGCGAGGGAAAGUGGCCUUCCUCUGGGAUAUGGGGUCCGGGUCAACACGGUUGGAAUUUCCAGACUUCCCGAUUGAUAACGACAAAUGGCACAGCAUCUCUGUAACCAGAUUUGGAAACACUGGUUCAUUGAGUGUAAAGGAAAUGAGCGCAACUCAAAAGCCACCAACAAAAACAAGGAAAUCCCCUGGAACAGCUAAUGUUCUGGAGAUAAACAAUUCAACACUAAUGUUUGUUGGAGGGCUUGGAGGACAGAUCAAGAAGUCUCCUGCUGUGAAAGUUACUCAUUUUAAAGGCUGCAUGGGAGAGGCCUUCUUGAAUGGACAGUCAGUCGGCCUAUGGAACUAUAUUGAAAGGGAGGGGAAGUGCCGUGGCUGCUUCGGAAGCCCCCAGAAUGAAGACUCCUCCUUCCACUUUGAUGGGAGUGGGUAUUCUGUCGUGGAAAAGACACUCCGGGCUACAGUGACUCAGAUAAUCAUGCUUUUUAGUACCUUUUCACCUAAUGGCCUUCUUCUCUACCUCGCUUCAGACGGCACCAAAGACUUUUUGUCCAUUGAGCUGGUCCUUGGCAGAAUUAAAGUUACAGUUGACCUGGGCUCAGGGCCUCUUGCUCUUGUUACAGACAGGCGCUACAACAACGGCACCUGGUACAAAAUUGCCUUCCAGCGAAACCGAAAGCAAGGCCUACUAGCAGUUAUUGAUGCAUAUAACACCAGUUAUAAAGAAACCAAGCAAGGUGAAACUCCAGGAGCAUCUUCUGACCUCAAUCGUCUUGAUAAGGAUCCAAUUUAUGUGGGUGGAUUACCUAGGUCAAGAGUUGUAAGGAAAGGUGUCAGCAGCAAAAGCUAUGUGGGUUGUAUCAAAAACCUGGAAAUAUCCAGAUCGACCUUUGAUUUACUCAGAAAUUCGUAUGGCGUGAGAAAAGGCUGCAUACUGGAGCCCAUCCGGAGUGUUAGCUUCUUGAAAGGCGGCUACAUUGAAUUGCCACCCAAGUCUUUGUCACCAGAAUCGGCAUUGUUGGCAACAUUUGCCACCAAGAACAGUAGUGGCAUCAUCCUGGCUGCCCUGGGCAGGCAGAGUCAUCGGCAGGCCCACGGGCCUUUCUUUUCCAUCAUGCUGAUUGAAGGCCACAUUGAAGUGCAUGUUAAUUCUGGGGAUGGAACAAGCCUGAGAAGAGCUCUCCUGCACGCUCCCACGGGCACAUACAGCGAUGGACAGGAGCAUUCCAUCUCCUUGAUAAGGAGUGGGAGAAUGAUCACUGUCCAACUGGAUGAGACAAAUCCUGUAGAAAUGAAGUUGGCCCCAUCAGCGGAAAGCAGGACAAUAAAUGUGUCCAACUUGUACAUAGGGGGGAUUCCAGGGGGCGAGGGGACAGCGGUGCUCAGAAUGAGAAGAUCGUUCCAUGGCUGCAUCCGAGACCUGGUCUUUAACGUGGAACUUUUGGAUUUCACUAGUGCGGUUGACUAUGAACAAGCAGACUUGGACACCUGUGUGCUUUCAGAAAGGCCUAAGCUGGCCCUUCACGGAGAAGACAGCGAGCUCCUGCCAGAGCCCCAGCCUUUACCAAGUCCAGAACGGUGUGCCGUGGACAGAGCCUUGGAGUAUGUCCCCUCUGCUCACCAGUUUGGCCUUGUGCAAGGCAGCCAUUUCGUGUUGCCUUUCAAUCAGUCGUCUGUCAGAAAGAGGCUCUCAGUUCAGCUCAGUCUCCGAACGUUUGCCUCCAGUGGUCUGAUUUACUACAUGGCCCAUCAGAACCAGGUUGAUUAUGCCACGCUCCAGCUACGCGGGGGCCACCUCCACUUCGUGUUUGACCUUGGGAAAGGCAGAACAAAGGUCUCCCACCCUGCGCUGCUCAGUGACGGCAAGUGGCACACGGUUAAGACAGAGUAUUUUAAAAGAAAGGGCUUCAUGACAGUUGACGGCCAGGAAUCCCUGAUGGUGACCACAGUGGGAGACGGUACCACGCUGGACGUGGAAGGGAAGUUGUACCUAGGAGGCCUCCCCUCUGAUUACAGGGCCAGGAACAUUGGAAAUAUCACCCAUAGCAUCCCCGCUUGCAUCGGGGAGGUGACAGUGAACGGCAAACAGCUGGAUGAGGACAGCCCAGUGUCUACAUUUGCAGUAACCAGGUGCUACGUGGCGGCCCAGGAAGGAACUUUCUUUGAAGGAAGUGGAUAUGCAGCCCUUGUCAAAGAGGGCUACAAAGUCCGGUCAGAUGUCAACAUCACCCUGGAGUUCCGUACUUCCUCCGAGAACGGCGUCCUCCUGGGGAUCAGCAGCGCCAAAGUGGAUGCCAUUGGAUUAGAGAUUGUAAAUGGCAAGGUCUUAUUUCAUGUUAACAAUGGUGCUGGAAGGAUAACAGCCACAUAUGAGCCCAAAGCUACCAAUACUCUCUGCGAUGGAAAAUGGCACACACUUCAAGCUAACAAAAGCAAACACCGCGUGGUUCUGAUCGUUGAUGGGAACGCAAUUCGUGCUGAAAGUCCACACACCCAGUCCACCUCGGCAGACACCAACAAUCCCAUUUAUGUCGGUGGCUAUCCUGCUGAUGUAAAGCAAAACUGCCUGAGCAGCCGGGCCUCCUUCCGGGGCUGUUUGAGAAAGCUCACUCUGAUUAAGGGCCCGCUAGUGCAGUCCUGUGACUUCAGCAGAGCUUUUGACCUUCAAGGAGUUUUCCCUCAUUCCUGUCCUGGGACUGAGCCCUGAACUCAGGGAAGCUCCUCAAUUGGCAACCACUGCUUAUAUUUUGAAGAGAAUUAUUUUUGUGAUUAAAAUUUCUCCAGUUCAGAUUUCAUUUCCAAGUCAGGUUAAGUGUUUCCAGAGAGAAAUCUUAUGUUUAUGUUAAACUAAAACCACAUGUACGGCAAAUACCUCUAUUAAAUAGUUUAAAAUGUAAAUUGAAUUCAUUGGCUCUCUUUUUUAAAGCUUUUUUUAAUGAGUCUUUGUCAACAUCGAAUAUUCUGUUGAUUACUUGAUGAUAUUUCAUGUUUUGCAUUUUGACCUUUUAGAAAAUAAAAUAUCACUACAGACUAUAACAGA